AAUUGGGCUCGCCCGUCAAUUGGAGCAGGAAGUGAAGCGAAAACGUCCAACAUGGCCAGCCGUCAGGUGUGCCUCUAAAUCACGCCCUCGGCCGUGCGGAGGAUGGUUGCCGAUUAUAGCCUCAUUGGUGGAGCUCGCUAGCACCAGAGGUUGUACUGACGAACAAUGAGGGUGACCCGCGCAAAGCACGGCUUCCUGCGUGCCUGCGUCCUGACCUGCUUCAUCUACCUGCUGUGUUCCACCUGCACCGGAGUGCUCACCGGGCGCAAGAUGGCCUCCCGCCAGCCCGCGCUGAGGCGCAGCCGGCGGAGUCACCGAGGCGCGCACCACCGGCCGCUGACGGACGAGCAGAAGGCCGACCAGAACCUGCAGUUCAUGCUCAGUUUGUACCGGAGCGCAGCCGAACCCGACGGCAGACCCAAGCAGCACCGGAAGUUCGGCUCCAACACGGUGCGCCUUCUGAGACCUGCGGCGUCCUCGGUGCACUACCUGCCCGCUUCAGGAGAUCUCACCUACACUUUCACUGUACAAUACAAACUGGACACUCUUCCCUCCGAGCAGCUUGUAAAAGCUUCAUUCGUCCACCUGCGCUCCUCCUCCGCUCCCUCUGGCACCACCCAGGCUGUAGAGCCUCCCCUCUGCCGGGCUCAGAUCACCUCGCUGGGCGCCAGCAGCCUGGUCACCAUGAAACCCCACCAGCGCUGGACGGAGACGGACAUCACGGCACACGUCAGCGCUCGGAUCCUGCAGGAAAAGGACCAGGGGGAGCCGGGACACCUAACCCUCACCGUCCAGUAUUGGUGCGCAGAGCCUGCCGACGGCGGCCCCUCAUGGUGGUGGACCCCUCUUUGGGGCAGAAGGCGCUGGAGCGACGAGCCUCAGCUGGAAGUCCCCUCUCUUCUUCUGUAUCUGGAGGAGGAGAGGGAGGUGAAGGAGUGGAUGGGGGACUUGCUGGGGGCAGAGGGGGAGAACCUCAUGAGGCGAGUCGGGUGGUGGGGGCACCCGUCAAUUCGCCACAGGCGCAGCUCCAAGGAGGAGUCCCCUUCGAAGGCCAAAGAUUCUUCGCUGGACGAGCUGAAAGACGCGCUCGCCUCCUCUUUGUCUUCCUCCACCUCCUCUCCCGCGUCCGUCUUUACCGACUCCACUGGCUACAAGCGCAAAAGCGACGUCCCAAAGAACCGCUGCAAGCUGCACUCCUUCAACCUGGCAUUCAACGAGCUCGGCCUGGGUCAUUACUUCAUCGCCCCCCGCGUCUACAACCCCCGCUACUGUCAGGGCGACUGCCCGAAGGUGCUCCACUACGGCUACCACUCGCCCAACCACGCCAUCAUCCAGACGCUCAUCAAAGAGAUGGGCGUGGGGGACGUCCCUCCGCCCUCGUGCGUUCCCUACAAGUACAUGCCCAUGAGCGUGUUGGUGGUCUACAAGAAGAAGGUGGACUACAGGGAGCUGGAGGACAUGGUGGCCGAGUCCUGUACGUGUCGUUGAGGAGUCGAGGCGAUGCCCGACGACUCGGUUGCUGAGCACUUUGGACACUGACUCAGGAAGAGCUGAAAGGGGCUUAGCGGGAUGAGCGCAAGACUGAACGGACCAUUCUAAACACUGUUAAAGCACUUUAAAGGCAGUAUUUGUGUGUGUGUGUGUGUUUACUUCCUGUUUGUCUGGUGGCAUUUUAACUCUGAUUUGUGUUUCACAUCAGGGCUGAAGCGGACUGGAAAAAAAAAAAUUGUUAAAAAAACAACAA